AAAGCAACACAACAAAAUCGGGAGAUUGCGUCGCGACGUCCCCUCAGAUCAGAAGUUUUUCUCGUUCGAAGACGACACAUCACUGUCACGAUAUUCUGCAACAGAAGAAAAAAGCUGUGUUUUGUUUGUUGUUUUCUCUAUGCGGUGAAAAACAGUUUCCUCUGGGUUGUAAUUGUGGAAAAGUGCAGUGCAAAUCAGGGUGAAGAGUGAAAAAUCCGGAGACAGGUUUUCUGGUAAACGUGAGGACAAAAGCGGAGACAUUUUUGGUGGGGUGACAUCUUGCAUUUUUUUUUUUCGCUGCCCCAUCAUUCGUCGCGAUAGUACGUGUUCUUCUGCCCCCGUUUGGAAGCUGGUAGUAACUUGGACGUGGCCGGUGUAGAGGCGGAUGCAGCGGGAGAUCCCAUCAGCUGUCCGAUCAGCAGAAGCCGACGGCCGUUUCUGGAAGAGCAGUCAUCAUGGAGUACUACGCAAUUUACCUGCCGUACAAGGAACCGGAGCUGUCCGUCAAGAGCUUCUACAACGAUAAGGAGGAGGCACUCAAGGUGCUGAAAUCGCACAAGGAAGCCCGCCUGAAAGCGUUCCGCACCAGCGAGGAGGCGGUCUAUUUCUAUCUCAAUGGGCCAUCGGAUCCGGUGCCGUCGACCGCGCCCAAAUCACCGACCAGCACAACGUCCAAACUGAAGCUCGAAAAGACCCCGUUCAAGGCGCCGAAAAGCCAAGAACUGGUAGCCUUCCGCAAGAACAUCGAAAAGAACGAACUGGACAUGGUACGGAACAUCGUUCAGCUGAACCCGCGCUAUCUGGUCAGUUCGGGCGAUACGCCCACCAUCUUGAAGGAAGGUCCCCGCUACAACGCGCUGCAUGUGGCCGCCAUCGAGGGCAACACGGACAUGUGCAGGCUGGUCUUGCAGACGAUCGAAAAUCCCAGCUUCAUCGAGUUCCUGCACGGCCAGCGGAAUCCCUCGACCGACGAGGUCAGUGCCAUCCUGUUGGAUCUGUAUCUGAACAUGCCGGACAAGUGCCGGAGCGAGACGCCGCUGCACUUUGCCGCCAAGUUUGGAUCGGUGGGCGUGGUGGAAGUGCUGAUCUCGUAUCCCCAGUGCAAGAUGACCAAAAACUGCGACGGACACCUGCCAAAAGAUAUCAUUUGCAACCGCGCCAAAAGUAAAAACGACACGCCAGAAAUUCGCAAGGCCAUAGCAGAUCUGCUGCAGGAGCGGUUUUUCGUGCCGGUUAUCCGGGCCGUGGACAACAGCACGCCGCCGGUCGUGGGAGAACCGUUCACAUUCACGAACCCACCGAAUCUGGAAGCCAAAGACCGCUUCAGUCCGAAGCUGGAAAUCAAAGCCUACGCCGGACCAAUGGACAAAGAGAAGGCACAUGUUUUCUGCAAACGGUGGAAGACACCGCCGAGGUUGAUCCCCUCGCCGAAGUUUAUCUCGCCGGUGAAGGCACUGAGUUCGAGUAAGAUUCCGGUGUCCACGUUGGGGGCACUCAGUCCGCUGUCGUCGACUCCGAUAGGGAAGAAAGCCGGCGGUCGGAGAGCUCUGUUUCCCAAUAGGUCUUUCGAGUUGGAUGCGGACGAGCACGAUAAAAGUAAUUCGUUGAAUAACAAUUUCGAAAUCGAUGUCGUCAAAGAGGACGUGGAUCAGGAAGCACUGGAGGAGCAGCGACAACUGGACGAGAAAAAUGGAAACAGUUUAAAGCCGACACCAAAAAUUAUCAACAUGCGAGCGAGCCCAAUAAAGAGAGGAAUCGAUGGAUUCCUGUUCCGGAAGUACCGUGAAAGACUACAGAACUCGUUUGCCACUAUCUACGACGAUGAUGAUGACGACAUCGACGGAGCGAUGAAUGACAGUCGAGAACUGGAGAACGUGGCAGAGAGAUCCAUGGGAAACGGUGAGGCAAACUACAGCUAUUUCUGCGAUGAAAACAACUCGAUCUACGAGGGUACGAAUAUCACGGAAUCACCGUCGUUCAAAGAACGGAAACUGCGACUGACUGACACGGAGAAAGGGCUUGAGAUUAUUGGGCGUAACUUGGCCCAGGAUCACGACGUCGGUUGGAACGAAUACUGGAACUUUUUGGGAACCUUCGCCGACCUGAGAAGCAAUGAAGGCUUACAACUCCUAGAAGACUACCUCCGAAAGCGCCAACUCCAGCUAGAUUUUAACGAACAGGAAGCACUCCUAAAAGCAUCCCGUCUUCCGGUGGCCGUCAAAACCCCGAUCCCCACGCUAGAAAAACCAAACGACAGCCUCGGUUCGAUCUGCGACGCCCUGGACAAGAUGUCCCUGGCCGAAGCGCUGAAAGCCUCGCCACAGAUAACUGCCGCCAACUUCCGUAAGCGCUUGGGCAAUCAACAACCGGCUACUACUCCCGCACCCGAACCGAUCCGCUCGAGGAUCACCAACCCGUACCUGUGCCUGCACAACUCGCUGCAGGUCUUUGCCAAGCGGUUCGUCAAGAACCUGGACGCGAGCAGCAGCAGCACCAUGACGCUGGACUUUGGGGCGUUCUUCCAGCAGGCCGUGGUGGACUGCGUCCGGAAGCUCAACACCAUGGUGGACAACUACCGGAAGGAUGCCGCGUUCGGGUCGAUCGACUUUAGCAAGGUGCACUCGCGGUACGCGCAGCUGAUCGUGAUCACGAUCGAGCAGCAGCGGGACACGGCACAGGGGGUGAUUCACCGACUGAAAGUCCUGCUGGACAAAAGCCGGGAGCUCAACUCGGCCAGUCGCUAUCCGGACAUGCACGAUAGUCUGAUGUGCCUCCAGAACUUCCUCGAUUUCUACAUCUACAAAAAGGCCGAACUGAUGCGUGGAAAUAAUCAGACGAACUCCUCCGACCAGGAGGACACUUCUGCACAAGAUUCCUCACCACACCAAACGGAGGACAGCUGCAGUCGGACGUGGCGCGAAGAUCCACUGGUGCACAGUUGCAACUGUCGGAUCGACGGAGUCUACGCCAAGAAGGGCAGCCUGGAACGGUUGAACAAACGGCGCGAGCAACGGAAAUUAGCGGCCGCGGCAGCCAAUAGCAGCAGUAGCAUUGCGGCAACAAUGCUGAGCAGAACCAUUUCUAGUCUGGGACGUUCGAUGACAGCAGCGCCGACGACGACGCCGACGUCGACGGAGCUAGGGAACUUCGAAACGUAUCGGAAUCCCGCGGCGACGGCUCUUGGCGGGGCGUCCGACGAGGAGGAUGACGAAUACUUUAGCUGCAGCGACUCGGAGCUGGAAAGCGGGACCGAUUCGGAUGAUCCGAACGUGAGCUACGAGACACCUCCGUCGAGCCCUUCGUUCUUCUCGAAAACGGGCGAGUUCGACUUCAGUACGUUGUCUUCGACUGAAGAUGACAAAGCCAUGCUGAGUGCGACGGACGAUGAGCGGGACGAGGAUCAGUUCUUGGACGUGGAAGAGCGCGAGGAAGACAGCAGUGGUAGUAGCGAUGGCAAGGAGGAGCAGUACAAAGUCUUCAUUGAGGGGCAGGAACCCAGCAAGCAGGACGUCGACGUGCUGAACGUGCUCGAAAAGCGUGUGAUAGAUCAGGACAAGUUUCCGCUGGUGCAUGAAUGGCGGAAAGCGAUGCUCAAGCUACCGGUGGAGGAGAGGGAUAGAUUAUCCUCAAAUACGCAGAAAUCUCGUUGGCGAGCGGCCAUCAACGGAGGCAUUUCGGUGUCGGAUCUCAGCAGUGGUAACAACAAUAGCGCCCCUCUCAUCGGCGGGGGCGGUGAGUCACCUCCGGCCAGUCCUGUGGGUUCCGUCUCCCGAGUGUUUCGGACCGGAAGCUUGGGCAGCACUGGCGCCAACAGCACUACUUCCUUCGAUAGUCGAAUAAGCUUGAUGAACGUUUCUGACUAUGCCGGUGGCCGGAUCCAUCAGCGAGUAGCUCCAGCGCCAUCUUCGUAGUCCCGAUCCUCCCGGACGGUUGGAAGGUUAGUUUUUCGUUCUAGCUUAGAGUUUUUCCUUGUUUUAUUGAAUUGGUUCUGCGAGACUCUUAUUUUAUCCAUGAGCAACGGAUCGACACGUACGAUAACUCUUGUUAUUCGUUGUUUAAGUGAUUUUAUUCCCUUUAUUUGAAUUAAUUCUGCUAGAAGCUCCAUUUUCCAUAAUUUUAACUUAUCGGCGAUCCGGAGGCUCAUGAUUCAGGAAUCACUUAGCAUUAGUAUGUAAAGAGGAAAACCAGCCUGCCAAAAAACCCUAUGAGGACGCCAUGUUCCGAGAACUGAGAAGUCACCAAACUCUUACAAUUCCUCGUCAUCACCGCUCGAACUACAAAUCAGCGACAAGUGUGAAGAACCAGUGUCCAUUGUGAGACUUAAUAAGCCUUCAUUUUUCCGUUUUUACUCCUAACAUUAUCAGAAUUUUACACUAAGUGAGCGAACUAAGCGAUUGAAUGAAAAAAAAAACAUUAUUAUAUGGGACAUUUAUCUAAAGAAAUGCAAACAUUAGUCAAUCUUUAAA